CGGCAGCCGCGAUGUGCUCCCCAUUCCCAAUUUCCCAUUACUCCCCCCGCCUCCCUUGACUGUCAGGUUUUGAACUCGCUCGUUUAUUGCGUUGCGUUCAUCAUCGAAAACAUUCGAGAAUUACAAGUUUCUUUUGAGAUACUAUAGCUAGGUACCCACAGCAACACACAACCGCAUUCAGCCCACCAUGCAUUUGGAUGAAACGGUGGCCGAUAUGUUCGACUUCGCUCAUCGCCAGCUCGACCGUGUCGCGCCUCCAGAAUUUCGACAGAAUGCCUUCACCACGAUGAAAACGUAUUAUGCCGAGCACCCCUUGAGCUUCAGCUUCAUCGUCGUUCAAGUAAUUUUUGCUUCGAUGCCUGUUCUUUGCUUCAUCGCUUUCGCCUUAUCCGUAUUCUUUGCCUUCGCCACGGCCUUCCUUUUUAUGACCCUUUUCUGGGCGGGCCUGGCCUUCUGUAUCCUGAUCCCGGUCCUCCUCGUUACGUUCGGUAUGGCCUUGUUUACCUGGGGUUUCGCCGUGGCCGUAUUCCAUCUCAGCCGUCUAGCCUACACAGCAUGGAUCCCCAUUUCUGCCGGAAACAGGGGGGGCCUCAGGGAGAGCCGCCCCAACUAUGAGAAGGACUACCCAUCCUUCUGCACUCUGCAGCCGUCAGGGACCCAAAAGGACCACUUAUCCCCCCCCGCGCAAGACGAGCAGCCAGGCGACAAGGAGGAGGGACUGACGCACGGUGCCCCGGGCUCGGACUUGAACGCUCCGGAUCGCUAGGCACGAAGCUGGAACACCGAGGGACCGGGCGGCCCCGCAGACGCCAUACGUAGCGCAGUAGACACCGAUAGGAGAAGAGCCCCGCAGAGGAGACACGCCCUGGAGAGACUGAAGGCUGAGGAGAGAGAAGCGGCCCACAAGACUGAAGACA